AUUAUUUCCAGCUGUGUGUGUGUGUUUGUAAACUGCAAUAUAUUAAUCUUACACCCGUUCGCCGGCCUUACAGGUAUAUAUAACAAUCGGUAAAAGGCUUCGUUAUACAUAUACAUGGAGUCGAACUUUUAAGUAAAAACAACAACUAUUGGCGCGCAUUUCACGUUAAGGCACAGCUUCAUAGCAAGAGAGUGAGAGAGAGAGAGAGAACAAGACAGUUAUAAGGAUGAGGCAAUGAAGCAAAGGAGCAAAAGCAACGGGGCAGUUGAGUUAUGAACAAUCAGGACUAUGGCGGCAUCCAAUGGAUACAGCAGCACGCAUCUGCGGUUGAUUCCGAAACAGAUAUGCUGGAAAACGGCGCUGCUGACAGCGAGGUGACUGCCGCCUAUUUGGUAAAUGGCAAUGCAACGGACGAGGAUCUUGACCAUAUGGCGGCCGAAAAUCUUAUCUUCAUGGCACGCGAUGGUCAGCUAAGCGAAAUCAUAGCCGCCAACGAAGCCGGCGGCGGAACUGUAUUAAUCACGGACAGCGGCACCGUUGCCUAUGCCGAGUCAUUUGAUGAUGAUGCACAGGUGGUCACCGAGGAGAUCAUUACCGAUGAUUGGGUGCAGCAUCAGGGUGCCGAGCGUGUGGAAAUCGCCGCGGAGCAAAUAGCGGGCAACAAUAGCUCGCAGGAGCUGCUGGACAUGGAGCAGGAUGAGUAUACGGCACUGCGCCCCUAUCCCUGCGACUUUUGUAGCCGACGCUUUCGCAAAAAGGGCAGCCUCAAUACUCACAUGCUGGCGCACCAAAACGAUCGCCCACAUCUAUGUAAAUUGUGCGGCGCACGUUUUUCCAGGCGCGCCGAGCUCAUCAGUCACUUUAAGGCGCAUGCCGAGGCACAGGUUGCGGCAGAUGAGGCGGCUGCAAUUAAAUUUGAGCCGCAGCAACAGCAACGCCAAGCGGAUGAUCAAUAUUACGAACAGGAUUGGCCUUUGUACCAGGAACAGGAAGAGGAACAGGUACAAGACCAGAUGCAGCAAAUGGAGCAGGAGCAGCUUGUGGAGCCGCAGGCCAGCUAUCCAGCGGUUAGCGCUGUGUCCGCACCAACAGCCACGCGCGGUCGCAUUAGCCGCCUCAAGCCCAAAGAGGAGAGCACACAGUACAUUGUGAUUGCCGAGAAGCAGGCCACUGACGAUUUGCGCCAGUACAUGGAUUGCGAGGAGCUGCCGCUGCAGCCGCAGCUCACUGGCAGCACGUCAAUCGAUGCAUCGCAUUCGACAGAGUGCCCAGACGAAACCGCCGCCGAUGCGGCGCAGACACUACGCUUUCCGGUACUGGACGAGAGCAAGCCCUUUGUGUGCCAGCAGUGUGGACUCGCAUUUGCCCGCGAAAAAGCGCUCGUCUCGCAUAUCAAGAAUCAUCGCGUGAACUCGCCCUUCGAAUGCAAUCAGUGUCAGGAGAUGUUCUGGGAUAAUUACAGCCUGCAGGAACAUCAGAAGACACAUCAGUUCGAGGAGAGCAACUCGGAAUAUGAUCCGGCUUCGGCGGGCGAUGAUAGCGCCAGCGAAUCGGAGCCGGAUCAGCUUUACGGUGACUUCUACUGCAGCGAGUGCGGCAUUUCCUUUCACAGGCAGGACCUGCUGCGUCGUCAUGCCAAGCAACAGCAUAAGCUGACACCAGACACGGACGGCGGCGACGGCGCCGGAGAAGGUGACGGCGGCGGCGGCGGCGAUGCUGAUGCCGAAAAUGCCAAAGACGCAGCACACUGUUGUCACACAUGCGGCAAAUCGUUUCCUAGCGCACUAGAGCUGCUCGCCCAUGCCGAAGUCCAUGCACGCUUCCCGCCAUUCAAAUGCGUUCUGUGCGGUGUUAGCUUUUACGAGGAGCAGGCUAUCAAGCGGCAUUUGCACACGCGCCAUCCGCACGAGCUGAAGCCCAACUCGUGCGUGCUUUGCGGUAAAGAGUGUCGCGAUCGCAAGGCACUGAUCAAGCACGCCUGGGAUCACUCGCGCGAGAAGUGCCACUCGUGCUCCAAGUGCGGCAAGAACUUUCACAACAAGGCGCGCCUGAAGCGACACAUGGCCUCGCAUCGCGACAAGUCGGUGGUUUGCGAGGUGUGCCACGAGGAAUUCCCCGAUGGACGCACGCUUUCCAAUCAUCGCCAUUCACAUAGCACCACAUCGCCGGGCAAGCUGUUCCCCUGCCACGAGUGCGGCAAGACCUUUGGCUCGCGCAGCUCACAGCAGAUACAUGUCCGCAUCCACACCGGCGAACGGCCAUAUGGCUGUCGCUACUGCUGGAAGGCGUUUGCCGAUGGCGGUACGCUGCGCAAGCACGAACGCAUUCACACCGGCGAGAAGCCCUAUGCCUGUUCCGUGUGUCCGCGUGCCUUCAAUCAGCGCGUUGUGCUGCGCGAGCACAUACGAUCCCAUCACUCGGGUCUGGAUGCGGUACGCGGCACCUAUCAUUGCACCGUCUGCUCGGCCGAUUUGUCCUCAUCCAAUGAGCUAAUACAGCAUCUCAUCCAGCACAGCGAUACGAACACCGCCAAACAGCGACAGCCAAUUACUGGUCCGCGUAAGUAUAAGCGACGCAGGAAACUACAGCCACACGAGAUUGCCCACAUGCGUGCGGGCAACAAGGAUGGCGAAGAGUAUGCCAGCGAUAUGGAACUAUGUGACUUUGAUGUUGAGAACGUGGAUGAUCUCCUGGACAGGACGGAGCCAUUGCCAACCACCAAAAAGGAGAAGCGCAAGCGAGCAGCUACAAAUCAAGCUAAGGCCGUGACAAAUGGCGCCGCACACAAUAGUUCCAGUUCUGCCAAAUCCGCCAAUAGCAGCUCGGAACGUUUGUGGGAUGAGAAAUUCCUGCCGGCAAACAGCAAUGGCAAUGUUGGGAACGCAGAUGAUGCCUACAAAAGCUUCUUUCAAAUUGAUUCGCUGGUGGUGGUAAAUGAUACCACUCUGCCGCCUGUAAGCUCAUCCAGCAGCACACCAAGCGCCUCCAAGUCGCGACGCGGCGGCAAGCAGCCACCGACGCAAACGCAGGCCGAGAGCAGUGACAAGUCUGGAGGUGGAGCGGGAGCCACAGCAUCAGCAACAAUGGCAACAACAACAGCAGCAGCAGCUGCAACUGUCGAGGAGUCUGGCAAAUCCAGCGUAGGCAACAGUCGCAGCAGCAGAAAGAAGUCUAGCAAGGCGGCCAAGAAUACAGGCACAGCAGCUGCAACAUCAAGCAGUUCACGUCCCCGCAUGAUACACACAGAAAAGGCACGUGUGCCGCCAGAGAAUGCCAGCAAAAAGUCGCGUGGGCGCAGCUACAUAACGCGCACCAGCACCAGCGAGAGCAGCCAGCUGGGCCUGGUCAAGUCGAGCGGCGUGGCCAGUUCGCGGAUUGUCGAUGACUACGAAAUUAUAUCACCUGCCACACAGCCGCCAAAUCAGAUCAGCUCCAGUCCGCUGCACAUCAAGCAGGAGCAGGAGCAGCAACAGCAGCGCGUCCAGCUCAUGUACGAUGACACCCAUUUGCUGAUCCAUACGGCCAUGUUGCGUGAUAAGCCCUACGACAAGUUCAAUCCGAGCAUUGUCAAUGAUCUGGAGGAGAUAUUACGCAGUCCGCUCAAGCAUGAUCGGAAUGCGCGCCUGCGUUUUACUAGCGAAUCGUCGACAACGCCACAGUUUCUGCCCGAGGAGGAGCAGAACCUCAUUAAAAUUGAGCCCACGUCGCCGGAUCUGCGCGAAAUGGUGGAGAGCCAGCAACGUGUAACUGCCACAGGACACACAGCCACGCCCACAUCAUCAUCAUCAUCCUCAUCGGCGGCGCGCACAUCGCGCCAUCUGCGACAGAUCACUGCCAACUCGGCCACCCGCUCGGCAGCCAAGCGGCACAUGGACAAAAGUUCUUCGGCAUUCAGCGCCAAGAAAUCGACAACAUCCUCGCCCGUUGCAGUCAGUAAGCCAGCCGGCAAUUCGUACCUUAGCUAUGGCGUGGACUCGUACAAUGUGAAUGUGGUGGCCAGUGCCAACUCUUCGGAUGUCAGUUCCGGUUUCUUUUCCAUCUCCGAGGUGGUAUCCGCGGCACAUGCCGCCGACGCAGCGGCCAAGGCAGCUGCGGCCAGCAAAACGGAGCGUCGGACGCGCUGCUUUGAGUGUGAAAUGUGUUCAUCCAUAUUUCCGGAUCGUGCCCAGCUGCUGGAGCACAUGCAUAUACACAUCUGAGGAGCCUGAAGAUAUGGAGAGGGAUUUGUUAUUGGAACUGUUUUGUAGCGUUUGUUAGUUCCAAAAAAAAAAA